AUGGUCUGGGGGACGGGCCUGCUGGCCUUCGAGGACGUGGCGGUGCACUUCUCCAGGGAGGAGUGGCGGCUCCUGGACGCAGCCCAGAGGGCCCUGUACCGCCAGGUGAUGCUGGACAACUUCGCGAUGGUGGCCUCCCUGGGACUUGCCACCUCCAAGCCCCGGGUGGUUACCCUGCUCCAGCGUGGUGAGGAGCCGUGGGUUCUCCGCAGGAAGAAUGUGAACCCAGCCGGGAACACCCACAGAAAGCCAAGCCCUGGUUCACGGCUUGUGUUAAAGGACCAAACUGUUUCUGCAGAAGUGGCACAAUCAGAAACCUUAGCUUGUGGACCCCCUCAGGUCCUUCCUUGGAUGCUCCGUGCUACUGGUGCCAGUGAACAUGAAAAAAGCCUGCAGAGUUUGCAGGUAACCACCCCUUCCUGGGAGAGAAAGUCCACGGGAGUGUCAGUGAUCUAUUGGGAGAAGCUUCUACUGGGUCCUAGCAACAGUGAGACCAACAUCAGUCUGCGGCUGAUUUCCCCCGAGGGGAUCCCACUCCAGGAAAAGGCCCUCACAAACCAUUCAACGUCAUCUGGACAAACUCCAGACUUUGCGGCUAGUCAUACUGACGAGGAACCAGGCAUCAGCAGAGUUUGGCAAGAGCCAACGAACUGGGACCAUCUCGGUGAUGCCUUUCAGGUGGGCACUGGCCUUCUUCCAGGGGAGAAGGCCUUUGAGUGCAGGUUGUGCAGCAAGGUGUUUGUGAAGAGCUCUGACCUGCUGAAGCAUCUGCGCACGCACACUGGCGAGCGGCCCUAUGAGUGUGCACAGUGCGGCAAGGCCUUCAGCCAGACCUCACACCUGACGCAGCACCAACGCAUCCACAGUGGCGAGACGCCAUACGCGUGCCCCACCUGUGGCAAGGCCUUCCGGCACAGUUCUUCACUUGUGCGGCACCAGCGCAUCCACACAGCAGAGAAGGCCUUCCGCUGCAGCGAGUGUGGCAAGGCCUUCAGCCACGGCUCUAACCUUAGCCAGCACCUCAAGAUUCACGCCGGUGGGCGGCCCUACGCCUGUGCUCGGUGUGGCCGCCGCUUUUGCCGAAACUCCCAUCUGAUUCAGCAUGAGCGCACACACACGGGUGAGAAGCCUUACGUUUGCGCACUUUGCGGUGCAGCCUUCAGCCAGGGCUCCUCCCUCUUCAAGCACCAGCGUGUACACACAGGUGAGAAGCCCUUCACUUGUGCACAGUGCGGCCGGGCAUUCAGCCACAGCUCCAACCUUACCCAGCACCAGCUGCUGCACACGGGUGAACGGCCCUUCCGCUGUGGGGACUGUGGCAAGGCCUUUGCCAAGGGCUCCGUGCUGCUCAGCCACCAGCGUAUACACACUGGCGAGAAGCCUUACGUGUGUGGGCAGUGCGGUCGGGCCUUCAGAGAACGCGCAGCCCUCUUCCACCACCAGCGGAUACACACUGGCGAGAAGGCCCUGAUGCGACCCCGGGCCCGCACUCAGACUAGGCCUUCUUCAGGGGCAUCCAGGGACAGCAUGAAAGAAACUGGGGCCAGUCCUGCCUCAGAUACCUUUGUAGUCCCACAGUUGUUUGAGAGCUGAGUUCGUACCUCCAUGGCUAAGACACCUGUGCUUUUUUUGGGGGGUGGGCCACACCCGGUGACGCUCAGGGUUUACUCCUGGCUAUGCACUCAGAAAUCGCUCCUGGCUUGGGGGACCAUAUGGGACGCCAGGGGAUCAAACGGCAAUCAGUUCUGGGUCAGCCGUGUGCAAGGCAAAUGCCCUACUGCUGCACCAUCGCUCCGGCCCUCCUGUGCUUUCUGUAGACCACGCUUGGGAGAAGUGAACUGUGGUUUUUAUCUGUGUAUGAUAACAGGAUUUGCCAUUGCAGUCACAACGUCUCAUCCCCAGGAAAUCCCCAUGGUCUCCAUGCAGGAACAUGAGAGGGAUGGACUUGGCUGCAGGCACUUUGAAAGGCUGAGACUUGGCAAUCCACUGUUGGAAGUGGUAACACUUCUUGCAUGCCACUUCAUGCAGUCUUGACUGGAAGCUGAGGUGAAGAGGUUGAUGGGGGU